AUGGCCCCGCAACCUUCCUCCUUGACUCAGGAACCAAAUGGCCUUGUCGGGGGCUAUCGGGGGAACAGCACCGCUGUCAAGAUUAUCAUUGGUGUUCUGGUCUCUAUCGUUUUGUUUAAUGCUGUCGAACUCACGGUUCUCAUCCUGAUGACCUUUCAUCGCUACCGGGGUCUCUACUUUUGGUCUUUGAUGCUCUCUGCGACUAUUGGGCUUAUAGCCAGUGGCAUCGGCAAUCUUCUACACUUCUUCGCCAUUGGGCCGUUGAGUCUGGCUCUGGCACUAUCUAAUAUUGGAUUCUACUUUCUGGUUCCGGCUCAAUCCCUGGUUCUAUACUCGAGACUACACUUGAUCCUUUCCAAUCCGCGUCUCCUACAUUUCAUACUCUGCGCAGUGAUCUUCAACGGCAUCGUCUUCGCCAUUCUAGUGACAGUCAUGUCAUUCGGCUCGGCCUUCCUGCGGACCGGCCCCUGGAAUGCGGGCUAUACGGUCAUAGAGCGGCUGCAGGUGACCUGGUUUUGUGUGCAAGAAUUCGCCAUCUCCAUGCUCUACAUCCAUGAGACCGUCAAGUUACUCCAGCUUCGACCUGUGACCAGCAAUCGUCGAAAGAACAUCAUGUACCAACUGUUGGCAAUCAAUAUCCUUAUCAUCAUGAUGGACACUGUCAUUGUCGUGAUCGAAUUCAUCGGUCUCUAUUAUAUUCAAGUCUUGAUAAAGGAUGCUAUUUACAGCAUCAAGCUCAAGCUCGAAUUUGCGGUACUUGGGAAGUUGACUACCAUCGUGGAGGACGGUCAUCUUGAUCUCACUCAGAGUGAUUACAGCGGUUGCUGUGAUGUCCAAAAUGGCCAAAGUCUUGGGGCAUCCGAUCCGACCUCACAGAUAACGUCAAAGAACACCAGAUCCGGCUCUAAAGUGGAAACUACAAAUUCGCACUUGGAAUGGUUUGAUCUAACAGAUAACAUGUCGCAGAGCGGAAGAUCCCUGCAUAACGGGCACAGCGCACAGCAGAAAGAUUUUCAAAUAUAUUGA